UUGCGGUUGUGGGGCUUGGCGGCAGCUCUCGGCUAGCGUCGAUGAAGAUGUCUGCCGCGGACACUCUACCGGACCAGGCCAGAGGGCUGGCGGCGGCGCUGGAGGCGGCCAUGCGAGCAGCGGAGCAGGAGCUGACCAAAGUGACGCUGGAUGAAUUCGUCUCCAACAAGAUUGGAAUGUUUGGAAAGUUAAUCGGAUCCUAUGCAGACUUCUUCAAAAGGUGCGGCGUGACAUCUCGGCAGGAGCUGGACGACCAGGUCCGGCGCCAGCGCUGCAAGGAGACGUUCACGGCCAUGGAGCAUCUGAUCGAUGUCGAGUCACCAUCCAAUCACCACCCGGUCACCACCCGGUCACCGUCCGGUCACCACCCGGUCACCAUCCGGUGA